GUGGGCAGGAGUGGAAGGUGCCAAGGAGGAGAGCACAUAUGUGCAAUAAAUAAAUCAACAUUAUGGCUUCUCUUCCCCAUCAGGUGUUCUGGAGGUUGCAGCAUGAAGCUCGGCUAGCAGCAAAAUGACCUUAUGGGGGCAAGAUGCCCGUGGGGUUGGACACUUGCUAGCUGAGAGCUGAAGUCCCCAGCCUGUGCCCAGGAGAGCAGGAUGCGGGUCACCAUGCGGAGGGUGCUGCUGGUGCUGGGCUCGGUGGCUGCCUUGAUGGUGACCCUGCACCUUGGCCAUCAGGUUCUGGAGUGCCAGCAGGUCCUGAGCGAGAGGAGGCACAGGCUGAUGAGACCCGAGAACGAGGAGCUGGUCAUGAUGGACGCCAACCACGUCGAGUACCGUUACAGCAAGGACAUGCCCCUGAUCUUCAUCGGGGGGGUCCCACGCAGCGGCACCACGCUCAUGAGGGCCAUGCUGGACGCCCACCCCGAGGUGCGCUGCGGGGAGGAGACCCGCAUCAUCCCCCGCGUGCUGGCCAUGCGCCAGGCCUGGUCCAAGUCCGGGCGGGAGAAGAUGCGCCUGGACGAGGCGGGGGUGACGGACCAGGUCCUGGACGCCGCCAUGCAGGCCUUCAUCCUGGAAGUGAUCGCCAAGCACGGCGAGCCCGCCAGGUACUUGUGCAACAAGGACCCCUUCACGCUCAAGUCCUCUGUCUACCUGUCCAGGCUGUUCCCCAAUUCCAAAUUCCUCCUGAUGGUGCGGGAUGGCCGGGCCUCAGUGCACUCCAUGAUCACACGGAAAGUGACAAUCGCGGGCUUUGACCUGAACAGCUACCGGGACUGCCUGACCAAGUGGAACAAAGCCAUCGAGGUGAUGUACUCCCAGUGCCUGGAGGUCGGCCGGGCCCGCUGCCUGCCCGUCUACUACGAGCAGCUGGUGCUGCACCCCGAGCAGUCCAUGCACAACAUCAUGAAGUUCCUGGACAUCUCCUGGAGCGACACGGUGCUGCACCACGAGGAGCUCAUUGGGAAGCCCGGCGGGGUGUCGCUUUCCAAGAUAGAAAGAUCCACAGACCAGGUGAUCAAGCCGGUGAACAUGGAGGCGUUAUCUAAAUGGAUCGGGCACAUCCCGGGGGAUGUGCUGCAGGACAUGGCCCACAUCGCCCCGAUGCUCGCCAGGCUGGGCUACGACCCCUACGCCAACCCCCCCAACUACGGCCACCCCGACCCCCUGGUUGUCAACAACACACACAGGGUUUUAAAGGGGGAUUAUAAAACACCGGCCAAUCUGAAAGGUCACCUGCAGGUCACUCAGAACACGUCAUCUUCUCACUAAGAAAAUUAAUGAUUUCCAGAACGUUGCAAAUGGCCUUUUGUUGCCCAAGAAGGAAGAGUUUGCACUGGCCCAUGGAAAUCGGUUCUCCAAGCAUAUUGCUUGCUCCUACUGUUGCCAAAUGACUGCGCUCCAGGAAUGUAUUUGCAUUUAUUUGCAAAGGCCAAAUGUGCUCCACAGCGGGAAUGUCCUCAGCCUCUCCCAGUGCUCCGUGGGAAAAGCAGCUGUGGGAAUCCAGGCUCGGGGGUGGCGGGAGGAGGUUCUGUGUGUGCCGUGGCCGAAGGACUCAUUACAUCUCGUGUCAGUGUCUUGUGACGCCGUUCCCUGUUCCUGGGAACAGCCCUCCCAGCGCUGCUGUUCUGUAUUCCUGGGGUCAGGAACAGCCACCCUGGUCCUGCUGUUCUGUAUUCCUUGGAUUGGGAACAGCCACCCUGGUCCUGCUGUUCCCUAUUCCCAGGGUGGGGAACAGCCCUCCCAGCCCUGCUGUUCUGUAUUUCUGGGGUUGGGAAAGCCAUCUUGGCCGCACUGUUCCCUAAUUCCAGGGUUGUGAACAGUCAUCCUGGGCCUGUUGUUCCUUAUUCCCACGGUUAGGAUCAGCCAUCCUGGUCCUGCCAUUCCCUGUUCCCAGGCUCAAGAACAGCCGCCCUGUCCCUGCUGUUCCCAAUUCCCAGGGUCAGGAAUAGCCCCCUGGCCCUGCUGAGACUUUGUGGUGCGCGUGCCCCCCUCCCCACACCCCCUCCCUGACCCUGCAGAGGCUAUUGCAGAGUUAAUAUAUGGCCCCCCUGCCCCCGGUGUUGGACACCAUUAAAGUGUUGG